CUGCAGGCGCGCGGCGUGGGUGCCUGGCGGGCUCCGGCUUCCGCGUCCGCCCCGGCCCCGGCUUCGGCCUCAGCACCGCGCCCGGCUCCACCGCGGCCCACCGCGCCCCGGGGGCUGCCGCGCCGCCAGCGACUCCCGCAGAGCUCCGGGUGCCCGCGCGGGGGGCCAUGCCGUGCCGGAGGGAGGAGGAAGAGGAAGCCGGCGAGGAAGAGGAGGAGGAGGAGGACAGCUUCCUCCUGCUGGAACAGUCGGUGACGCUGGGCGGCUCGGGCGAGGUGGACCGGCUGGUGGCCCAGAUCGGCGAGACGCUGCAGCUGGACGCGGCGCACGACCGCCCUGCCUCCCCGCGCGCGCCCCCCGGGCCGCCGCAGCAGCCCCCGCGGCCCCCGGCGGCGGUGAGAGCGGACAAGGCCCGGGCCCCCGCUCUGCCGCUGCUUCUGCCGGCCGCGUCUGCCGAGGCGGGGGCCCCGGCACCCGCGGGGGCCCUGCGCUGCGCCCUCGGGGACCGCGGCCGGGUGCGGGGCCGGGCUGCACCCUACUUUGUGGCCGAGCUCCCCGCAGGCCCCAGCGCGCUGCCGGGGCCGUGCCGGCGAGGAUGGCUACGGGGCGCUGUCGCCUCCCGCCGUCUGCAACAGCGACGAUGGCCCCCAGCCGGGGCGCGCGCCAACGACGACGACCCGCACCGGCUCCUGCAGCAGCUCGUACUCUCGGGGAACCUCAUCAAGGAGGCCGUGCGGAGGCUCCAGCGAGCCGUUGCCGCGGUGGCAGCCACAGGCCCAGCGGCCCCCUCCGGACCCGGGGGCAGCCGUAACCGACCGGACCCGGUCUCCCUUCAGCCCUCCGGCGCCUUGCACUGACCCAGGGUCCCUGGAGGAGGAGGAAGAAGCCGCUGCGUGGACCCAACGGCGUCCUGCCUUCCCCAGCCUUGAGCUGAAGCCGCCUUUGCCGUCCUGGGGACGACAGCCUAGGCUGCAAGGAGGCGCGUGGGGAAGAGACCUCAAGCCGAGAAGUUAUCCGCCCCGGCGAGGCUGUCGCAGAAAACUUGAGCGUGGAGAAAUGCACGGGCCAGGGCGCUUCCGUGUCGCGUGAGAAUUCCCCCAGCCACCUCGGGGUCAGGGACCUGGGAUAAAACUGGGAGAACUAUGGCAGCUAUUUGCAUCAACUUGUACCUGACUUAACCCUUCGGGGUGUCGUGUGCUUGGAUUGUUGAAAGAUACGACUCCAAGGGGCGAGAGUCGCGAGGGCUUUAUAACGAUACUUGAAAACUGAUGACACGAAUACAUGUUCUUUAUUUUCUGGUGGAGGAACUUAGUGAAAAUGGUGCUACAAUUGCUGUGCAAAGAAAUUCCGGAGGGAAGAAGAAAAAGCUUGGUGGUGGGCGGGUUGGCAUCACCCUCCCCCUUUCUCCCACCUCAUCGGUGACUGGUGGAGGUGGGAGAUGUGAACUCCAGCUGUCGGGGGUAGGGAGGUGGAGAAUUUUGAAGAAGGCCACCUCCACACACCUUCCAAAUGGUCUGUCUCUGCUGUCAUCAUUCCGGGAGUUGGCACUGGACUCAUGUACCAGGUACUGUUCUGGGUGUUUGAAAUCAUUGUCUCAUUAGGCCAUGGCUGUAUUCGUCUUGAGGUAGACACUAUUUUCUCCAGUUUAUAAAUGAGGGCACCGAGGCCCAGGAGAUUAAGUGAUUUUCCUGAAGUCACCACUUUUUUUUUUAAGUCUUUUUUUUUUUUUAAACAUUUAUUUUAUUGAUGGCUGCAUCGGGUCUUCAUUGCUCUGCGCGGUCUUUCUCUAGUUGGCGAUGAGUGGGGGCUACUCUUAGUUGUGGUGCGUUGGCUUCUCGUUGCGGUGGCUUUUUUUUCUUGUUGAGGAGCGUGGACUCGGCUUGUGGGCUUCGGUAGUUGCAGCAUGUGGCUCAGUAAUUGUGGCGCACGAGCUUAGUUGCUCCGCGGCAUGUGGGAUCUUCCAGGCCCAGGGAUCGAACCUGUGACCCCUGCAUUGGCAGGCGGAUUCUUAACCAGUGCACCUCCAGAGAAGUCCCCAAAUCACCACUUUUUAAGUUAAGGAGCUGGGAUUUGAACCCAGGCAGUCUGGCUCUAGUUUCUCCUGCUUUUCUCAACCAGAGCCUCCAGUCAUACUGUACCACCUCCAUGAGACUUUCUUGACACCACUUUCUCCUGUGUUGGAUUUAUUAAAGUUCUUAAGAGCAUCCCACAGAAAACGACCCAAUAAAUACCUCGACCCAAUAAUUACCUCAACACAAUAGCAUCACCAUUUUCAACCUUUUCUUGCAGGCCAGCCACACAUGUACAAGACACUGGGCAUCCAGAAUGAAGCAGGGUUUCAGACAUCCUGGUAGAACCCACAAGCAGGUUUGGGGCUGAGACCUUCACAUAAGGUAAUAGGAAUUGCGUAAGGGAGGCACAGACAACAAAUGGUAGAUGGCUGCUUUUUUUAGAAGCUCAAGUCUUCUGUAAGAUGAGGGCGUAGGGCCAAGAUGGUGAGGUCUCACCCAAUGCAGCUGUCUUCUCGGUCUGCAACAUGGCCAGGCCAGCACUCAGGGAUGAAAUUAGAAUGGUGACUGUAGACCGACAGGACCUGAAGAUCUACAGGACCUGAGAAGCAUGGUAGAGAAAAGGAAAGGGGAGUGAAUCCUGUUUGGGCAGGAACUGCGGUAGGCACCUUUUACAAGAUGGUCCUUCACUCUUUAACGAUGGGGAGAGGUAGGGAUUAUUGGUAGUAGAAAAGGAUCUGAGCUCAUGGCUCUUUUUUCUUUUUUAUUUAUUGGCUGUGUUGGGUCUUCACCGGCUUAGUUGCUCCGUGGCAUGUGGAAUCUUCCCAGGGCAGGGCUCAAACCCGUGUCCCCUGCAUUGGCAGGCAGAUUCUCCACCCCUGCGCCACCUAGGAAGUCCUGAACGCAUGGCUCUUAUGUUGAACCUCUUAGCUCCUGUCUGAGCCUACCCACACAUUUCCUCUGGAACCUCAGCCCCAGCUGCUGAUCAGCCGUUUGCAAAGGCCGUAGGCAGCUGCGUUCUGGCCCUGGGCCUGGGGGCGUGUCUCUGUGCAAAGGAAGCAAUGGCCAUUUCCAAGGUGUUGCAGCUUGGGAUAGCCCAUUCAGAGUACUUGGCCCGGGGAUGACUGUGGCUGGGAUAUCCCUAGUCCCUUGGAGUGGAUGGGCACAGAACGGAGGACGUGGGCAUAGGCAGACUUGAGACAGCUCCAUCUUCUGAAGAGCUGAGGCCUAGGUUUCCCUGGUAACAUUCUGCAAGUCUUGAGUCCAGAAGGACAAGAGCAAUAGGGAAGU